AUGCGGGACUCGACCCCUCCCAGUCCUAACCCAAGCCAUGCUUCGGAGGGAAAUGGCCGUUCUGAUGCUGUAGGCAGCAAAUGGAAUAUCAAGAAGUUCGUCAAGCAGGCCGAGCGAUCGCAUCGUCGGUUGCCGGGACUGAAGAAGGUUCCUCUGCCUGCCAUCGCCAUUAUUCUGUUCAUUGCAUUCAUUAACGUUGUGGUGUGGAUUGCCGCCGCAAUUGUGUUGCGCUAUUACCCGUCCCUGGUGUCUAAUGCUGUACUUUCUUAUACUCUCGGAUUGAGACAUGCUUUUGAUGCGGACCAUAUCUCAGCCAUCGAUCUGAUGACGAGAAGAUUACUGGCAACGGGCCAAAAGCCCGUCACCGUAGGCACCUUCUUCUCUCUUGGCCAUUCUACCAUUGUCAUCAUUACCUCCAUCGUAGUCGCAGCGACUGCUGCCGCUAUCUCAUCAAGAUUCGACAGUUUCAGCACGAUUGGCGGUAUCAUCGGCACUUCAGUCAGUGCCGCUUUCUUGAUCCUACUGGGUCUUAUGAAUGCCUACAUCUUGUUCAAAUUAUACAAGCAAAUGCAGAAGGUCUUGGAUCUACCCGAAGGCCAAGAAGAUGAAGUCUGGAAGAUCGAGGGUGGUGGUGUGCUGUUCUCAGUGCUUAAGCGCAUGUUCAAGCUUAUUGACAGACCUUGGAAAAUGUAUCCGCUUGGAAUCUUGUUCGGCCUUGGCUUUGACACAUCUUCUGAGAUUGCCCUUCUUGGCAUCUCGUCUGUCGAGGCUGCCAAGGGCACUAACUUUUGGGUUAUCCUGAUCUUCCCCGUCCUAUUCACGGCGGGAAUGUGUCUCCUCGACACCACCGACGGAGCCCUAAUGCUCUCCCUCUACCCAUCCAAGAACCACCGCGACCCAGUAGCAUUCCUAUACUACUCUAUCGUCCUAACCUGCCUAACAGUCAUGGUAGCCAUCGUCAUCGGCGUGAUCCAACUGCUCACCCUCGUUCUGAACGUUGCUAACCCCACCGGCAAAUUCUGGGAUGGUGUGCAAGUAGCAGGAGAUUACUACGACGCCAUUGGCGGCGGUAUCUGUGGUGUAUUCAUAAUCGUCGGCGGCCUCAGUGUGGUUGUUUACAAGCCCUGGAGAAGGUGGAUUGCCCGGAGACAUGGAAAGACUAUUGUCACUGAUGUGGAGGGCUAUCGGGAUGAACCGCCCACUACUAAUGCUCUUGAAACGCCGAUACUUGAUGAAGAUAGAGAAGGUGCGACUACUGUUAAUUAUGGGGCUACGGGCAAGGGCGAAGCGUCUGUUACGGUGGAGCCGGUGGGAGGGGGCCCUGCGCGGUGA